AUGAGUAGUAUUUUGGAGAUACUAAAGGUCAAAUCGAAAAAAAUACCUGAAACUAUCCAUGAUCCAUCGGCGAAGUGUAAAUUUGCAAAUCGUUGUAGUAAAUUUGAGUUAGAUGAAAACGAAAUACUUUACCUUUCUGCUGUUGUUAAAAACAACGAAAUAGUAUCUGAUAAACGUCGUGUAGUACCAAGAUAUGAU